AUGUCGCAGAGGAGCGUUCCAGCUCCUUUUCUGACGAAGACGUAUGAUCUGGUGGGCGAUCCGAGCAGCGAUGAUGUGAUUUCUUGGAAUGAAAACGGUACAGCGUUUGUGGUCUGGAAAACGGCUGAAUUUGCUCAGGAUUUGUUGCCUAAUUACUUCAAACACAACAAUUUCUCCAGCUUUGUGCGCCAGCUUAAUACUUAUGGCUUUCGAAAGAUCGUUCCAGACAAAUGGGAAUUUGCCAAUGAAAACUUUAAGCGUGGUCAGAAAGAAUUUUUAGUUGAAAUCCGUCGUCGAAAAACGAUGCCUUCACAGAAUCCAUCAGGGGUAAAACAUGUGGCUACUGAUAGUCCAACCUCGCCGGAGAACUCUGGGGAUGACCUUGGCUCGAGUUCGACCUCAUCUCCUGACUCCAAAAAUCCAGGGUCAUUAGGAACACAAACAUCAGCACAACUUGCGGACCUAUCGGGUGAAAAUGAGAAAUUGAAGAAAGACAAUCAUAUGCUAUGUUCAGAGCUGGCACAAACAAAGAAACAAUGCGACGAACUCAUUACCUACUUAAGUCAGCGUGUAAAGGUGGCGCCAGAGCAAAUCAACCAGAUCAUGAAUGGUAGUGCCUCUAAUAUCGAUGAGGUGGGUCCAUGCAACAAAGACGUGGGUGGUGGAAAUCUCGAUAAUGAUAAUGACGAAAAUGUAGAGUGUAUGAAAUUAUUUGGAGUAAUGGUGAAGAAAAAAAGGAGUCGUGAAUUGAAUCUUGAUUUCUCUGAAGUACGUAAAAAGGAAAUGAAAAAAGCAGUGGAGGAUAGUGUGUCUUGGAUGAAAAUUUCUGCGUCGUCCGGGGAGAAUAGCAAGGUCUAUAGUUGA